UUUCGCGAACACCUUAAACUUAAAACGUACGGAUUUGUUUUCCUCUGACGAAAAAAUCGAGUCGCGUGGUUCGCAGUGUUGGAAAAUUUAAAACUGGUGUUAUCAAUGUGGUUAUUUUACUGGGCUGAAUAUAGAAUGGAUUUUCAAAUGGAUUUAGAAUUGUACGAAGUGUUAGAGAAAUUGAAUCUAAGAUCGGAAUUAGGUUUAUAGUUUAUUCAUCGAGAAGAGCGAGAAACGUUCAAUAAACAUAGAUUUUACAAUCGAUCCUUUCGAUGCUAUAUUAAAUCUUACUUCGUUGUAAAGCAGCACGAUAUUUAAAUUCAACAUCUGCUAUUUAAUUUUUGAAAUUCUAUAUAUUAUAAUAUCGAAAACUUUAUCGAACCUAUUCCUAUUUUCGCACGUGUCAGUAUAUUCGAUAGGAAAAAUCGAUAAAAUCAUGUAAAUACAUUUAGUAAAAAAGAAGUGUAUGAAGAUUUGAAAGUAUGCACUUCUUUACAUACGUAAAUAAAAGAUUUCUUUCCAAUUUUCACCGCUCUGUCGAUAAAGAAAUGAUAUUAUCGGUGACGGAUGAUGAUACCGAUAACAGAUAAAGAAGAUUUUGUUCCAUAAUUAGACGAUCGAUGAACAACAUCGUGCUAAGUAUCAAAGAUCAAUCAUGGAACAGCUGUGAUACGUAUAUUAACAAAAUUAAAUCAUACGUUGAGAAGUGGAAAGCCUGCUGUCUUCAAAAAUAUUAUUCACUUGUCUUAAAACUGUACGUCUCUACAACAUAAAACUACAAGUUGAACUAGAUAUUUUGCCUUUAGAAACAAUGGUUGGUAAAAAUAGCUUUACUUAUCAGAAUUAAACCGCGCAAAAGAUAAGGUUAUAUCAUUCGAGAAAAUAGCACGUUCUUUAAUUGUAACAUCGGUAAUUCAUACGUGAAAGUGAAAAUUAACUUUCGACUUAUAAAACACGUGAUUACGUACAAUGUAAUAUAAAAGAAGAUUGGAAUAAAAGUGAAGUUAACGAUGAUACAUGAUAAUAAAUAACGUAUCAAACUCUGAUAUAUACGAUAUGAUCGUAAGAUAUAAUCUUAUGCAGUUUCAUUGCACGCAAGAUGUCACGUGAAAUAGUAAUUUGACAAAACACAUUGCUAACUGGAAUUGUUACUGCUAAAAUUAUUGGUGACAGUGAUAGCAGUAAAUCAAGAGUAAAUCAGUAAAAGCCACAUUGUUUUCAAGCGCUUUCUAUUAUGCAAGUACCCAGGGGAUUGCCUGAGGGCAGUGGUUUAAAUCCUGUCGGUUUAUCACAGCGAGAAAAAGCUCGUAGGCGGUACAACUCACAAUGCCGGCAAUGGUUAGCAUGUAUUUCCGCUACGCUAACCAUGGUCAUAGUCGGUACAGUCUACGGAUGGACAACGACUUCACUUGUCCAUCUAACAUCUGGGACCACUGACAUGCCGCUAACGUUAACACACGACGAAUCUUCAUGGAUCGUUUCUGUGACAGUACUUGGUUCAAUGUUCGGUUCACUUGUGGGUGCCCAGUUGGCCGAUCGCAGCGGUCGUAAAUACUGCCUCCUUUUAUGCUGCACAAUUUUCACCUUAGGCUGGUUCAUCAUCUACGUAACAACUUCCGUGCCAAUGCUAUACCUUGCUCGGGUGAUUCUCGGUAUAGGCGUUGGCAUUGCCUACACGAUAAAUCCCAUGUACGUGUCAGAAGUCGCCGACACCAGUAUCAGAGGCGCCCUAGGUACUCUAAUCGCAGUGAACGUAUUUACUGGGUCAUUGCUUACCUGCAUCCUAGGACUCUGGCUGACGUAUGAGUCACUCCUGGUAGUUCUUGUAAUAAUAUCCUUUAUAUCCUUCUUGUCGAACACGUGUUAUCCCGAAACUCCGUAUUUCUUGAUGAGAAAAGGUCGAAAGAAGCAAGCAUUGAAGUCGAUAAUAUAUUACAAAGGCAUGCUAGAUCCUCACGAAAUGAAAAGGGAACUACGUGCUCUACGACCACGAAUCAGAUGCAAAUUACAACCGCAAGCCAAAAGCGAUUUACCCUCACAAUCCAGAAACAAUUUGCCCCCACAAUCCAGAAGCGAUUCCCUCUCACAAUCCACAAGCGAUAUCACCUUAUCAUCCAGAAGCUAUUUCACCUCACAAUCCGGAAGUGGAUUUCCCUCACUAUCCUUACGCGAAGUACAACCAGACCCCAUAUGGGAAGUAGUAGAUACAGAAACCAUGUCCGAUUUACACUUACCAUUCCGUAGCGAUUCACACUCACGAUCCAUAUCCGUAAUACACUCAGAAGUGUGCGAAGUACACCUGCAACGCACAGGUCAAUUAUGCUUACAACCGUCACACGACUCGUUCGAAUUACCCCUACAACAAUCGCGCCACUCACACGAGUUAAACCUACAACCCUCGCGCGAGUUUCACCCACAAUCCACAAGCGAAUUACACCUACCAUCCACAAACGAAGUACACCCACCAUUCACAAGCGAAGUACCUCCACCAUCUACAAGCGAAAUACAGCCAGGACCCAGAAGCGAAAUACAACCAGAACCCACAAGCGAAAUAUACCCACGAACCAGAGGCGAAUUACACUCACGAUCCAGAGGCGAUUUACCCUCACAAUCCAGUGUGCAUUUCCCCUCACCAUGCAGAAACGAAUUACGCAAACAAUCCAGUGUGGAUUCACGCGGUACGAUCGGGUCCAAUGAGUCAUACGUAGAUGUAACUAAACAAACCUGGUUAACUAAGCUGCGAGUAAUACUACAAGGAAACAACAGGAAAGCUCUGUUUAUCAUGCUUGGCUUGAUCAUGGCACAGCAACUUAGCGGAAACUUCGUCACUAUGCAGUAUCUGGAGGUGUUGUUUAGCAAAACAACGAUCGGUAUUAAACCAAACGUAGCGACUAUUAUAGUUCUGGCUGUCGGCCUUAUAUCUGGCGGUUUAUCCACCUUAACAGUGGAAUCUCUUGGAAGAAGAACACUUUUGAUUGUGUCUACGCUUGGGUCGUGUUUUACAUUGAUUAUUCUAGCAACUUAUCUUUUGUUAGUUCAACAUAAGUUUGACGUUUCCCUCGUCUCUACACUUCCCGUUAUCGACCUAAUUAUAUAUCAAAUAAUGUAUCAAAUUGGUUUAGGUACUUUACCCAAUGUUCUUCUAUGCGAGUUCUUUCCUACGGAACUAAAAGGCUUUGUUGGUGCCAUCGUUGUGAUUUUUGAUGGCAUAAUUGGUUUUACCGUGUCGAAAUUGUAUCAAGUGAUUACCGAUAACGUAGGAUCGUAUUCGAUUUACUUUAUCUUCGCGACAUCAUGCUGUUUGGCAUUUCUAAUGGUGUUCAUAUGGGUACCGGAAACGAAAGGAAAAACAUAUCACGAGAUUGAAGCGCUCCUAGUUGGUAAAAAUUUGAAUUCUUUGAAUGAAAAAGUUAGACGCUAUAAAAUGGAUCGUACAUAAAUGGAUUCGUACAUUUUGAUUGGACAAAUUGCACCGUACGUCUGUGACACGGUGUCCACUUACUUGGAAUAUUUUAUUUCCCAUUUCUAUUAGUAUAACGAUAAAGAUGUACAAUUUAGUUACGUAGUGUUGUUCGUUUAUGCGUGUAAUUUUAGAAAUGUGUCUAACAAAGGCGAUUGUCAUUUACAAACAUAUGUAUCGUAUAAAUUGACUUGCAUUGAACUUAGAGGAAUACAUGUUCUCAAACUAAACUUUUUAUCCAUUUCAUAACACGAACAAUGUAACAAUAUCAAUUUAACUCGAGAUAAUUGAACAACAGUUUGCAAAAGUAAGAAAAGUAAUAUAUUAAAGAAUGACAUGGUGACAUAAUACUGACAAGAACAAUUUUUUAUACCUCAGAUGCUAUCUAUGCUGUUAUUUUUUUGCAAUAUGUAACAUAUGUAUAUCACAUAUACACAUGUUAAUAUUGUUACGACAAACAGCAAGUAUGGUGAAAAAGUCAGUAUUUAUGUUAAAAAUAAUGUAAUAUAAUUAACAUAACACAUUGUUAAUAAGUACUUAUAUUACAUUGUGCUUGACGCGGAUAAGCAUAUCUGUAUACAUAUCGAAUACAUAUGUGUAAGACACGUUCUUUUCGGCGGUAUAUUCUAGUUAUUACUGAAAAAUAUUUGAAUAGGUUAGUUCGAGGAUUAUAGUAAUUACUGUAUCAUAACACAGUGAUAAAUAUCUAGCCUUGUCUAGCAGAAAUUCUAUCGAACUGUCGAACGUCAUUUUCGGUAAAUUACGGCUAUAAUAAUAGUGUUCACUUCAGAAAUUUAUAAUAUUUCCCACUUUUAAUAUACGAUAAUUUACGCGAAAAAUUAAAUAGCGAUAAUUUUAUAAAGCUUUGUCUAUCAAUAAUUAUGUAUGUAUUGUAUAUCUUUUAAACAAAUAUUUUAUUAAAAAGCUACAAGAAAAAUGGAUUUACUAUCUAUAAAUAAAAUCACAAACAAGA